AUGGACGAGGAGGACGAUCCCCAUGACGGCCCUGGCCUUAUCAAGCUCGAUAUGCAGCAGUUUGGAAAAGGCACUAUGGAAGAUCCCUUGCGGCAUGCUGUGGGCAUGCGCACGGCACAAGAUCAGUACAAGAUGCAGAUGUGGAACAGUUUUCCAUCUCUUUUCCAGAACACCAUUUUCCAUGGCGAGCAGGACAAGGAGGUGCAAAGACUACGAAAGAGCGGUUCCCUGUCCGAAAAGAUGGCUCAUGCGAAAGAACUGAAGGAGGAAGGGAACAACCUCUUGAAGUCGAGCAGGAGACCGAUCUCUGCGGGCUAUAGUGGGCCAGACUCAUUGAGUCAAGAGAUUGAGCAAGUAGAAGCGGCCAUUUGGGAGAAGGAGCGCGAGUUGAAGGAGCUGCGACAGCACCUGAUUGCGCUGAAAGCUCAGGUCUGUCGUCCACAGGAGCAGGAGAUGGAGGAAGAGGAGGAUGAGCAGCAGGGAUUGGAAGAAGCAGUGCGGCGAUAUGAAAAAGCAGCUGGAUUGCUCAGAUAUGUUGAGUGCACUCGUCCAGAUUGGAAGAAUGACGAUGGCUCCUACAAGGGCAUCGAGGACGACUUCCUGCGUGUGGACGAGACGGCCUUGCAGGGGCAGAGUGUUGGGGCUCAGGAGGCGACAGAACUCGUGACCUCUUGCUAUUUGAACAUUGCGUUGGCUUCUCAAAAGCUGGGGAAGUUUGAUGAUAUGAAGAAGGCCUGUGAUGAGGUGCUCAACAAGGUGAACCCAGAAAGUGUGAAGGCGCUCUAUCGCCGGGCCCAAGCGCGGAUUGGACCUGCCUCAGCGGGGCCGACCGAGCGACAAGCAGCGAUCCAGGACUUGUUGGCAGCUGCCAAGUUGGCUCCGGGUGACAAAGAGGUCCGAACAUUGCUGACCAAGCUCAAAGCAGACAAGAAGAAGCAGGAGCUGGAAGACAAAAGCACUUUUGGAGGUCUUUUCCAAAGAGGAGAAGUGGUGAAGGAUGUGCCCUUGCGAGUGACUCGAGCGGAGCCUGAGAAGUGGGAUCUGAAUGAUCCAAGAGUGCAAGAGUAUCUGGACAUCCGUCCAGGUGGCAUGCUCUCCUUCCAGGGCCGCUGCUUCACCUAUGACCGAUCAGCUGAUGGGUAUUUGAGAGGGGAGGCCUUGAUGAUUGAAGCUCAACACCAAUGCAUCGCCAUGUAUGGGGAUGGCAACCCCACAGACUCAGCUGAAGCACCCAAGGAAGAGCAUGUUGAGAGACUGUGGGGUCCCAUUUGUCAUAUCGAGCUGACCGAGCCGAGUACGAAACCGCACGGAGAUGAUGCUGUGCAUUGCUACCCUUUCCGGGUCCGGAGAGCGAUGAAGCAGCGCUUGCAUGGAGCCAACCAGGAUGGCAAGAGUGCCAGCAUCACCGCUCCCAAUGGACCUUCCCAGGAGAAGUGCAUCAAAGCCUGCUUUCGGGAGGCCAAAUAUUCGCCAGCUGAAGUUGACUGCUUCGAGACACAUGGCACCGGCACAGCCCUGGGCGAUCCCAUCGAGGUUGGAGCCUUCAAGCGCAUCUACCAACAAGUGCCCCGUGCGCAGCCUUUGCUUGUCACUAGCUCCAAGACGAACUUGGGGCAUCUCGAAGGUGGCGCAGGAAUGGCCGGGCUCAUCAAGGUGGUUUUGCAGGUCCUGCGCUGCGAAUCUAGCCCGAACAUCCACCUUCGGGAGAUGAAUCCACACUUGGACGUGGAAGGAUUUCCUGCUCAGUUCCUGUCAGAGGGCUGUGUGACGCACUUCAACAGUUGCGUCAGUGGCGUGAGCUCUUUUGGCUUCGGUGGCACCAACGCCCAUGCCAUGGCUUUCUCCCAGAACAUUUGCAACAAUCGCGAUGUGACCAAGAAGGAUUACAGGAGCCUGAUGAUGCAAAAGAUCCAGCAGGUGGCUCUCAGGCCUGCAUCCUCAACGAAGACCCUCAGUCCCGAUGCAUUUCAGGAGGAUACAACGAAGGCCCUCAAGGCUCUCCAGCGACUGAAAUCCAAGCGUCGGGGAGGAUCUGAGCUGACGCCAACGCUUGCCGCCAAUCUGGAGGAGACACCUCAGGAUUUGUUGGACCAAGCACGUCCAGAGGAUUUGGUGGAGGAGUCGACAUCUGAUCCUCCAAGUGCUGGGCCGCUGGCGAGAAAGAUGUGGAAGUGUGCCAUGCUGGGAGUUCGAAAUGAAGAAAUCUGGGCUCGCUUUGUUCAACGCGUCUUGUUGACAGGGGCUCUCACUGGGCCGAAAGAUGUCUCGUUGAUGUUUCGUGCCUUCGCCAGGAUCAAAUAUCGAGAUAGAAAGGCGCUGGAUACUUUGUCCCCCUUCAUUCUGCGACACGUCGAUUCUUUCAGCACACAUGAGCUGGCGCUCAUCCUAGCGGCUCACAAGAAACUGGAGUACGAGAGGACUGACAAUAUCCACUUGUUGGUGAGCAUCAUUUGUCAGCGAAAGGAAGAAUGGACUGGACAAAUCGUGGCACUCACCUGCAACGCCGUAGCACAUUUCUAUAUUUAUCGCCCACGUUUCUGGAGAAUGGCUGCCAUGUCUUUGAUCAAUUUAGUUUGGACCAUGAGCCCUUUGGAGCUCACCAUCCUGGUGAGUGCCAUGGCCCGAGUGGAUCGUCGAGAUGAGCAGGCGCUGGCGAUGAUCGCUAAGAUGUGCACGCGCUGUGCCAAGAGACAUCUCUUCAAUCAAGAGACCUUAGCGACCACGAUGAACGCCUUUGCCAAGUUGGAUUACAACAAUGCAAAGCUGGCCAAGGCCUUAGAAGAGGCUGCCCUGGUGAAGCUGAACCUAGCUCUUGAGAUAGGGCCUCAGUAUCGACAAUCGCGUGAGUGGCGCCAGGUGGAUGUCUUCGACUUGCAAGCUCUGGUGCUGAUGUUUCGUUCGCUGGUGGCGCUCGUGGGCACCUCGGAUGAUGUGGCUGAGAAGAUCCUGACCCUGCUGGCAUGGUCCAAGGACGAGGAGCUCACGAGUUAUCAACGUCGAGUCCUUAAGACCGCGUCCAUCGCGUUCCGGCGGCUCCAUGGACCACUCUACCGUCGCCUGAACUUCGAACUACGAGAGGCCUUGCAUGUCUUCGAAAAGACCCAAGUGAAGGUGAGGACCUUUGAGUCUCGAUGGAUGUCGGAGGUGCGACGGACCUUGCGGAAGAUGGACAUCCCCGUGGAGCUGAAAGCGUUGGUGGAUGAUCAAAUGCUGGACAUUUGGAUGCCGGCCAGCAAUGCAGUGGUAUGUACUGUAGGACCCUAUGGCUACUAUGCAGGAACCACUGAUCGAACUGCGUACAGCAAGAUGCAUCAGCGAAUCUUGGAAUUAGAAGGAUACGUUUGCUUGACUGUACCCUACUUUGAGUGGGCAGAGCUCAAAACAGACGAAGACAAGAUGGUCUACUUGUGGUCUUUGGGGCGGAAAGCUGCUGGCAGCAAGAAAGGCCAGGUCUCAAGUGAAGCUCAUCCAGCUGAAAUCGUCGAGGCGUUCCGCUCAGAUCUGACUGAUGCCGGAGAAGCAACAGCCUAA